GUGGCGGGAAGGAAAUGCGCCGGCUGCACUGUGCUACGUCCGAACUUCGUUCCUUUUCGUAACCGGAACUGUGGCGGCAAUCUUGUCCAACUGCUCCUGCUUCGGGAAGGGCUGCAAACUGCUUGAAUUUUGUUUCCUUUUCCUUCCUCUGCUCUUCUCGGAAGGUGAAAGGUCGAAGCGUGAAUAGACCCAUCUCCAGGACCCAAAUCCCUGGCCACACGGGCGCCAUUACUCUCCGGACUCAUUUGUUAAAGCUCUUUUUGGGGUACGCCUGUGUGGAUGGUUAUCCCCAAAGUGAAGAGUGAGUGCUUAGGCUCUGGGGUUGUAGCUCGGUUGUAGAGGGCACUUGCCUAGCGUGCACGAAACCCUGCGUUCAAUCCCCAGCACUGCAUAAAGCAGGCGAGUCUGUGCACGCCUGUACUCCCAGCACUGGAGGAGGAAGCCGGAGGAUCAGUAGUUCAAGGUUAUCCUCAACGACACAACUAGAUUAAGGCCAGCCUGGGCUAGCAGAUGCUUUCUAUGGAAAGAAACUUUGGUGUUUGACUGGUUCUGAGUUGGUAUUUCGUGGGAAUGAGCCUCACACACAAAGCCUCCUUUUUCACCCGCAAGGCAUAGAGCUUGACGGGGUGCCAAGGCCCUGUUUUACCUUCCUAAAACUUCUGGAUAAUCCUCACCCACACUGAACACUCUGAAAACUUAUUUUUAUGUCUCUUAUAGAGCCUUGGCUCUGAAGCGUACUUCUCAGGGUUAGGGGAUGCCACAACCCAGCCUCUUGAUGCAGUGUGAAUCCAGUUCAAGGGAAGAAGAGAUCCCGUCCCUCUUUUGGGGUUUGGAUCCUGUGUUUCUAGCCUUUGCAAAACUCUACAUCAGAGAUAUCCUGGAGAUGAAGGAAUCCCAGCAAGUGCCAGGUAUAUAUUUUUACAAUGGCCAUCCAAUAAGACGGGUGGAUAUCAUGGGAACUGUCGUUGGCGUGAGAGAGAAGGAUGCUUUAUACAGCUAUGCAGUGGAUGACGCCACUGGAGUUAUAAACUGCACCUGCUGGAAAAGGCCGAGCAGUACUGAGUCUCCACCAGACCCAGCUGCUCCAAGCUCUGCAAGAGAGCUAAGCAUGACCUCACAGCUUAAGAAACUGCAGGAGACCAUUGAGCAGAAAACCAAGAUAGAAAUUGGGGACGUUAUCCAUGUCAGAGGCUAUGUGCGCAUGUUCAGAGAACAGCGAGAGAUCAGUGCCACCCUUUACUAUAAGGUGGACGAUCCAGUGUGGAAUAUUCAGACUGCGAGGAUGCUCGAGCUGCCAAUGCUCUACAGGAGAGUGUACGACCAGCCCUUCCGCAGCCCAGCCCUAACUGAGGAAGAACCACCCGACAAGACAGGCACUUUGGAUCUCGCCGGCCUCACAUCUUUGUUGAGUGAGAAAAUCAAAGAAUUCCUCCAGGAGAAGAAAGUGCAAACCUUCUACCAGCAGGACUUGGAAAUGGUGGAGUCCUUGCAGUCCCUGGCCAGCCAGCCUGUGGUUCACAGCACCUGCUCGGACAAAGUGGAAUCAAAGACCAGCACCACUUCCGGUACAGUCCACAGUGUGUUUAAGAAUGCUCUACAGCUGCUGGGGGACAAGGGAUUCGUGUUCCAGAGAGAUGGCGGCUCUCAGAAGCCCUACUACGUAACCAGCAAAGACAAAGACCUGCACCAAAGGAUCUACCAGAUCGUUAAGGAAGAGUGCCAGAAACCAAAUCACGUGGAGAAGGGCUGCCAUCUGAUGCAUGUCCUGAACUGCGUGCGCCUGAACCUGCGCUGGGACCUGAGCAAGGCUGUGCUGCGACAGGUGCUGGAGCUCCUGGAGGACCAGAGUGACAUCGUGAGCACAGGAGCUCAGUACUACACGGCCUUCUGAGCAGAGCUGCAGAGCAAAGAUGCUGGCCUUACCCCAGGCUCUCUCACAGCCGUUGCACAGGGAUUUACGUAUAUUUAAUCUCAUAAUAAAUCCAAUAU